ACAUGACAGAUGAGGCUGCAGUGCUUGCUAAAAUUAAUCCAUCCUCGGUACCAGCACAGAACACAUACAGAGACCCGACUUCACCCACUUGGGUGCAAACUUCUUCACCCUCACCUCCAGCACCCCCACCAAAAACUCACAAUGAUACAAAUUACUCUGUUACGCCAGUCACUAUUAAUUCAACAUCCACGUCAAAACCUGGUGUCUGGUCACCAGGGGCACCGCCACCUCGGAUACCAAGUGGAUAUAAUUCACCACAGCGGGACGCUAAUUUUAACGUUGCUCCUGUCUGGAAACCUGGAAUGAGUGGUGAUCAGGUGGACAAAAAGGAAUUUAAACCAGUCAAAGUUGAACUUAACGACAAGAGUAAGACAGAGAAGAGAAUGCAGGAUCUUCCGGCGCCUCCUCCACCAGCUGAAAGUUUUGCCUGGAAGCCGCCUCCCCCACCGCCUAAAGAUGAAACCACACAUGAGUACAAAAAUCUGUCAGAAUCAAAUAGUUUGCCAAAUAGGGCUUUUAGUCAUCGUAACUAUACUAAUGGCCCUACUCCCAGCGGGUUACCGAGUACACAGAGCCCGACUGUCACGAUAUUGCAGCAUAAUAGAGGAGUAGAGGAGUCACCUCCAAGACCACCACCACCACCAUCUCAUUACGGAGGUGGACUUCUAUAUGCUCCAACACUGUCCAGUCAACAGGCUUCGGAUAACCCCAAUGUUGCCACCAAUACACAAAAUCAGGCACCUCUGACUAGCCCUCCAUACAAACCGGUCACAUCCCAACAACAUUACAACCAACCAUCAGUAUGCCCCCCUGAACAAGUAAGGUCUCCUCCUCCUCCGCAAGAAAAACAGCUUUCCCCUCCACCACCCCCACCACAGCCAUCACCACCAUUGCUACCACAGGGGCAGUACCAUGCCAGUCCUACCCAACAAAGACUACAGCAACAGAUAUAUCAUAAGGCAAAUCCUCAACAGGUCGUUACAUCUCAGCAAGAAAGGCAACCAGUUGAAAAAUGGCAACUGAACCCCCCUCAGCAACCAACACCCCCAAAACAGUAUCAAGCCAAUCCCUCUCAACAACAGGGGCCCCCACAACAAUAUCAAGAUAGUUCCUCACAGCAACAGAGACCACCACCCCUGCAAUCGUAUCAGGCUUCUCCUCAACAGCAAGAGAGACCACCACCCCCACAACAGUAUCAGACUUCUCCUCAGCAACAACAGAGACCACCACCCCCACCACCCCCACAACACUAUCAGGCUUCUCCUCAACAGCAAGAGAGACCACCACCCCCACAACAGUAUCAGGCUUCUCCUCAGCAACAACAGAGACCACCACCCCCACAACAGUAUCAGGCUUCUCCUCAGCAACAACAGAGACCACCACCCCCACAACAGUAUCAGGCUUUCCCUCAACAGCAGAGACCACCACCCCCACAACAAUAUCAGGCUGUUUCUUCUCAGCAACAGGGGCCACCACCCCCACAACAGUAUCAGGCUUUCCCUCAACAGCAACAGAGACCACCACCCCCACAACAAUAUCAGGUUGGACCACCUCAGCAACAGGGGCCACCACCGCCACAGCAGUAUCAGGCCAGUUCCUAUCAGCAAGAGAGACCCCCUCUGCCUCAGUCAUGGCAGUCAACCCAGCCCCAGCAGGAAAUUCCCCCUCCACCUCCCCCUCCUCAGCAGUGGCAGCCAGAUUCUUCACAACAAAGACCACUCCCACCACCGCCUCCACCAACCCACCAAGAACCCCAUCACCCAAUAUCCCCUCCAUCACAACAACAACAGCAACAGCGCCUUCCACAACCUCAAACAUGGCAAACUUCUAAACAACCACUGCGUGUUGAUGUACAAUCACCUUACAAUGCACAGCCCCCACAUCGGAAAUCUAUACCCUCCCCGACUAUACCCCCAAGACCAUCUCCACCCAAAGUUGAGAUGAAAUCCCCACCUGUGAAAUUGAACAUAGCCUCAAAGGAUGGUUGGAGACCGGUAGAAGAUAUGGCUAAGAUUGCUGAUACCAACGUGUUUGUUUUGACUGACCCAGAUCACCAUGUUAAAGCUUCCAUUAAGACUCACGAUAUAGAAGGAUCAACAGUCUUAAAAGACAAAGUUAUUUAUGAUGAACCCAACUUCCAGGUCAUCUCUGAUCCACAACAGCUACCACCCGGUGCAGUUUACCAGACUAAAACCGUGGAGGGCGACUUGGUUCAUACUGAUACCUACUACCCAGUUAAGGUACCAGGAACUGUAGAGACCGGAAGAAGAAUGGUUAGACAGACAGCUACAUAUGAUGGGAUUGGUCCAGUGGAUAAUGAAAGUGGUAUGCCCAUUGGACUCAGAACUGGAGUAAAAGAAGAAAAUAGACAUGAUUGGUACAAAGAAAUGUACAAAUCAAUUCACCGACAAGAAAAGAAGGAUGAUGAAGAUAAUAAAUAUGAGCGGUUCUUGCGUGACGGCAUUUUGAUAGACGAUAACCCCUAUACACCAACAUAUAUUUUUCCUGAAGACUCAGAUGAUAAAAAAAAAAAAGAGACAAAUCCUUACACACCAACUUACCAAUUUCCUGAUGGAACACCUGAACAACACAAGGAAGAUAUAUUUUCUUACAGACCAACAUAUGAAUUUUCAGAUGUCAGCAAACGGAAAACUGAAACAGAAAAAGAACGAGAGUUAUCACCAACGAGAAAGGCUGCCGUAGGGUCAGGGCAACAGUGGACCGUACCCUCUGCUAGGAAUACGAUAGAACGCUACCAACAGCAACCUAGAAGCAUCACUGAAUACGAACCCGGUAAAUCCUCCCUGGCUGCCAAAGAUAAAAGUGUAACUGGUCAUAUGUAUAAUCCUCCCGCUGAACCCAUCAAAUCUUCAACAACUUACAAAACACUUCCUGCCAACUAUAAAAGAUCUGUGGAACCAGUACAACAUCAGCAGCAGCAGCAACAACAACAAUUGUCUCCACAGCAUCGACAAUUAUCGCCGCAUCAUCAACAAGGUUCGCCAGUACAUUACCACCACUCUCCUCCCCCUGUGAGCCAUGACUUGUACAAAGAAGUACAGAAAGGUGGUGAUAUACCUGUACAUGGUCUAGUAAAAAAACCUGGUGAAGAAGAAGAGGAAGAUAAAUCCAGGAGUUACAAGCCAGCCAGUAGCAUGACAGCUAUAGAUCAAGUUAAUGGCAAGCAAAAUGUCAAAGCACCAGCAUCUAAUCGUUACUCUGCGUCCGAUUUAUACAAUUACCGAAGUCCGGCCGGUCCUGUCAGUCCAUCAUCAAAUCGUGACAAACAGUUGAAAGCCAAUGCCAAGGCUAUAUAUCCAUUUAAUCCUCAGAAUGCCAAGGAAUUACCUUUCAAGAAAGGUGAUAUGAUCAAAUUAAUUCGUCAAAUUGACAAAAACUGGUAUGAAGGUGAACACCACGGAAGAGUUGGUAUAUUCCCUGUCAGUUAUGUGGAGAUUAUGUCACCGGAACCAGUGAAGUCACCCAUACAGCAACCUCAAGUAGACGUGUCCACAGAAGGCAAGGCUAGAGCCAAAUACAAUUUCAGUGGAGAAACCAACAUGGAAUUGUCAUUUAAAAAGGGUGACCAAAUAACUUUGAUACGAAGGGUUGAUAAUAACUGGGCAGAAGGUAGACUAGGAAAUAGACGAGGUAUAUUUCCUGUAUCGUACAUUGAAGUUACUAAAGAACCUGUCUCACCGGCACAGAAAAGCCCAUCAAGUCAACCCCAACAGCGACAAAAACAGCAGCACAGUCCUGUUAAACAGAAACCUAAGGAACAAAUAUACCAGCAGCAACGUAGUCAGCCAGUACAGUCUUCCCCUUCGGUAUCGCAUCAGUAUUACCAACAGCGAGACAUGCCACCACCCCCACCUACGCCACCCGUACAAGAACAUUUUCGUGCAAUCUAUCCAUAUGCACCACAAAAUGAAGACGAAUUGGAAUUAAUAGAAGGUGAUGUUGUGGUUGUCAUGGAAAAAUGUGAUGAUGGUUGGUUCGUUGGGACAUCCACAAGGACUGGACACUUUGGAACGUUUCCUGGAAAUUAUGUGGAAAAAAUGUAAAUUACAAUCAUGGUGCCUAUUUGCCAUCUGAUGUGAGAAGCAUGAUGUGAUUGGUCAACUGAUGUGAAAAGCAUGUUGUGAUUGGUCAAUUAAAGCAGGAAUGUACAAAGUAGCAAUAAAAUAGCUACACCAGCAUUCACCUAGCAUAUAUACUGCCAGUGCC